CGCCGCGCGCAGAGCCUCGUCGGCGUCGUCUGUAAUUUAUGAGCCUCGCCUGUUCUUUUUAGGCAAUAUGAGUAAGCGAGAAGGUAGUGUGGCUUUGCUUAUUCCUGUGAUAUUGAGUCUACCGUAAAAUUUCCCGAGAUCUAGGGCGUGUGAGGGGCCGAGUGGGCGUGGUGGCGGGCUGAGGGCAGGAGCCGAGGCCUGUAAUAAACCUCGUGUUGUUCCCAGGCCGGGUUAUCGAGCACCCCGGCCUUUGUGUGCCAGCCCCGGUGUUGCAGGCUGUCACCUGGCCCCGAGUGGCCGGCGUGGGGCGUCACCUGGCAUGGCCGCUGGCAGCGUCAAGGGACGGCCCCUCACCCCCAGCCCCGGCCAUGGCCCCCGCGGGAUGGUGUCAUGUCUAGUACUAAUGCCUCUGUGCCCCCUGGGUCCCCAUGGGUAGGUUAGGGAAAGGGAUAUUGUUUGGCUGGCCUGGCUAGUCAAUUUCAGACACUGACUAUUCAUUUCUGGGUUAUAUCUGCUUUUUAUUGGAAAACACCAAUGAUAGGGCUAGAAUGAAUUUGUUGCAAUAAUUACUGUUUUGGAAACCACACAGCUGGUCCAGAUAUUAUGUUCACUAUUGCAGUACCUUUGUCAAGUUAACGUGGGGUUAUGUUAGUUUACAAAGAUUAUUCCAGAAUUACACCCAACUCACUUUGGUAGUUGUCACCUAUUGUCAUACAUGUUAUCAUCACUGAUAACUGUUUUCAUUGCAAAAUACUUGUUUCUUAGACUCGAGCAAUUGAUUAUGUAGCAGUAGGUUAGGUACUAUUUUAAGGCAAUAGGUUACAAUUUAUGCAGCCAUAAGUUAGUUACUAUCUGUUCGGUGGACCUUAGGUUCUGUUGGUUGAAGUAAACAGAGUGACAGUUCAUGGGUGUGAUAGUGUUUAAGUUAACUAUCUUGAUUUGGAUGUAAUUAUGGAGUUUUAUGAAAUGAUGUACAGCACAAUGUUCAUCAUUUGUUCUAACAGGCACCAUGCAGCACAGGUCUCCACAGAAUUUAAGUGAUGUUUUUUGUUUAUUUAAGGCAUUAACAGUUACUUUUGAGUGAUAUAAUGUCAUGUUCAUUGUUCUUCGGGAGAUAUUAGAUUUUUACUUGAAUGGUAUGUUGUGCACUAGAUUCACCCUCGAGAGUCUUAGAUAGAGUAGAUAUUGAUAGAACUUUGUGUUAGGUAAUGGGAGGUGACUUGAAUUGUUUGUAAUGGGUAAAGAUGGUCAUAUUUAGAUGAUGUCCAAGAGAUUCUUAUUGAAUGAGAAGUAGUAGUUAAUGUAAGGAUGCAGGUGUUGUCUUCUAAUGUUUAUGAAUUCAUGCUAGAGUCCAUUGCAUGUUUAAUUUACAUUAUUAAUGUUGCUGUAUUACCUUCUUGUGACAUUAGGUAAAACAGAUGUUGUUAUAAGUACAUCUUUCAGUCAUUGUCUCUGAUGCACCUGUACAGCUGCCCUGCGCAACAUAAAUCCAGAUCAUAAAUCCAGAUGGGAUGGUUAACAUUGCUAGCUACAAGCAUGUUUGGCCAGGCUCGAUCCCGGCCAGGGCAGUUGGUUCACAGCUCACCCGGUUAUUCCUGCUCUCAUUCAUGUUAGUCAAUCAAUGGGUAUUCUAAGGAAAUUUAGGGAAGGUAAAGUGUGAUGAUAUGGAUGACACACUUGCCUUGUGUCCUGAAGUAAUGGGUCAUGGCUUAUGUGUAUUAGUGGUCAAAAGUUUCACUUACAGUAUAUCAGACCCAUGAAAUGUCAAGUAUAAUUUAUAUAAACUUAAAGCAAUCUAAUAUACGUAGUUCACAAAUUACUUCUCUGGGAGAGUUUCUAUAUUUAAUGCACUGUAUCAGUAAUUAACCCGGUAGCUGUGGGGAUCAUGUUUCUUAAAGGCCCCUCUAAGCAAGAAAAAUGAGAAAAAAUCAUCACUCACACAAACUAUUUCAUAAUAUAUAUGAUAUCAAUGCAUUUGUGAUCAGUUUAUGCAUCAUCUAUUUUUUGUGGUUUCUAUCAUGGCAAAAAUUUGGCCAGUCGCUGGUACACAGCGAAGCCAUAAAUUUGGCCUGUCGCUGCUAUCGGGUUAAGUUGUUUCUUGAAUGAGUUUUUAGUUCUAUGUUAAUAUUUGUGCAGCCUUGCAUCAUCACCCCUUAAAUAUUGACUAGGAUGAGGUACUUAACUACUAUACCUUUCUGCUCCAUACUCCACGUCACUACCUAAAUGGCUUAAUCACAAAGAGAUUACUAGAUUUUAAUACCAUGUUGCUGAUCCUUUCCUUCAUUGAUCCAGAAAAGUGAUAAGCCCAGUGCAUCUGAAAAAUAAGGAUAAAAUAUUUGACUAAACCUUUACUUAACCUUUAUGCUCCAUACUUUGCAAGAGGAUACUAGUCAGUCAUGACUUUUAAGAGGAUAAAAAUCAUUUUCAGACUCAUAGUACAGGUAGAAAACAUUUCUUGAAUGUGACUGUUGGUUGCCACAAGCCCAUUAGUGGCCAUUGUUGUAAUGCUGUCUGCUGUGCUCACCUUGGGAACACAGCAGGCAGUCAAGGGUCACAGAGAAGGCAGCUAGUGUUGCAGUGUUGCAGUAUCUGCCUUGAACUCUCCCCAGGCAGGACACAGAGGCAGCAGCUGGUGAUGGUGGUGGUUAAUGUUGCACUGUCUAAUGUGCUCGCUUCCACCCUCUUCUCACGGGUUUCUUUAUCUCACCUUCGCCAGUGUUUAUCUCCAGAGACGUCACUGGAGGACCAGAGGCUGCCUGCCCCCAAGCGGCCAGUGGAGGAGGAGGGGGAAGGGGAGGGGGAGGAGGAGCCUAAGAAAAAGAUUAGUUUUGGGCUGAGCAGCAAACCUCAGGGCAAAAGUGGCCUCCCUGUCAAGAAGCCAAUUGGUGGCAUCUCCAUCAAGCUGGGCCAGUCACAGGCAGCUGCACAGGCAGCUGGUGGUGCCUCCAUCCUGAAGCCCAAGGUGGGUGCAGCAGCAGCAGUGUUCAGCACUGGAGAUGAGGACGAUGAAGAUGAAGAAGAGGAGAUGCCACCUGAGGCAAAGAUGAGGAUGAAGAACAUUGGGAGGGACACCCCAACCUCAGCUGGCCCUAACAGUUUUGGCAAGACUAGGAUGGGCUUCUGUGACUCAAAAAAGAUCUACGAAAAGCAACUUAAGGAGGUGCAGGACAAAACUAACAAAGUAGUGCCAGACAGCGUGUAGGCAAGGUGACAGCCACUGCUGGCUGAAGCCCUGCACCUCACUUGGCCUGUAGCAGGGCAGGAGUGUGCCUGGCCUAGGCUGGCCUGUGCUAGGCUGGAGACUUGUUGGUUAUUUGGACAUCCCUCCUUUAGGCCUUAAGGUGUAGUAGUGCAGCCUGUCAUCAUCAGUUGUGUGUAUAAAUUGUAGCAUAAAGCUCCAGGCUCGGGGUUGUAGCUGACUCACAGCACUGGUUGACAUCUCGGGGGUUUGAGUGUGUGUGUGUGUGUGUAAACAUUUGCUUGUAUGUGUGUGUGGUGCAUGCAUGGUGGUUUUGGCUCUGCACCGGGAGAGUUUGGUUGUGUUAGAAUGGGCUGUGUUUGCCAAGCAAGGAGUAGUGCUUUCCUCAGACAGGGACACACUGGUGUGGCCAGCAGUGUAGUGCUCCCCUCACUACUAUGUACUGAGGCAGGACACACGGGAAACACCGGUGUUUAUUUCAGCUUCUCGCAAGUACUGUGGUGUGCAUAGAGUAUUUCAGUUUCAACUGUUUCAGGCAUGUACUUCAUAUUUCUUUGAGCGAACUUGUGGAUGUUACUGACAGGGAUUAACUCUAUUAAACUCGACCAUAGGCAGUGGUAUGUGUCUAGAAGGAGUGAGGGAUUGCCGACUUUUAUAAUUUGCCUGUGUACUUCAGGACAUAUACCAGUGAUUAGGAUUCAGGUUUUAGAUUUUAUCAUGCAUGCAAGCCAAGGAAAACUUGAGACUACAUCUUCAACAUCUUAUAAAGGAGUAUUGUGUCGACCUGUAUGGAUACUUUAGAAGCAGAGCAACGAGUAAGUGAAGAUUUCAGCAGUUUAUGUGAUGAAUGACUUUUAUCAUUAUUACUAUUCUGUGUGAUAGUGCAGUUUGUGUAUCUAACAACCUCAUCCUACUGAGGGUCUCUGCGUACCCUCAGCAGCUGCAUCACUGCAGAAUUUAUUGCCUGUCAGUCAUUCCCUUGCCGUAGCGAAGGAUGAUGGCUGACUGGCUUGCCAUCCAUCUGGGGGCAGCAUGGCUGAGUAAUACAUAGCAUUUGUCUGCUUCAUUUAGAAAUUCUGUAUAAUGUUCUACAUAGAUGCAUUUUCUGCUAUCACCCAGAAUGAGCCAUUGUGACAUUGAUAUCGAAACUGUAAUAUGUGUAUAAAAUAUGUAGGGUGUUCUUAAGACUUUUGCACUCACAAUGCAUUUGGCUAUGUUUAUAACUACACAUUUUGAGGAUGUCCAGCUAUAGACACAAACAUGAGGCAUCCACAGGAAUCCUUGUAGGUGUGAAUGAUGUCUUGAUUAAGGGAAGGCCAGAAAGGUAAGGUUCAAAAGUUAUAUUACAAUUCAUUACAGUAACAUCAAAAAAUAUAAAUACAGAUUAGUCCUUGACUAUACAUCUGUCUAGUUUGGCAGUAAAGAAAAAGGCAUUGGAAGCAGAGGACAUCAACAACCCUCAUACGGUAUCAAUCUUCAGUAUUGUUUAAAAUUGUAAUACAAACAUUAAUUCCUCUUGCCUACUUUGUGGGUGCCUCAUUGCUGGUUACAAGUAAUCCUUCAGAGGUCUCAUUUAAUCCCUCAAAGGUGCCCUCCCAGCCAGUGUUUGCCGGCAGCACACAGAGCAGGGUGGCGGACACUUGGCCCCUCUUGGUGUUGCUGGCACUUGUAAAUGUCCCAGCAGCAGUAUUUCUAAAUUGUUUGGGUUUGUUGUGUUGUAGCUGAAGUGUCCUCUGUUGGAUGAUACCACAUAUUCUUGCCAUUCAGUUUUGUUUGUCUCUGCUAUAUGUGGCUGUUAUUCAUUUUAUUUAGUCUGUCUGUGUAAUUUAAUUUGAAGUAUGUGUGGUUGAGAGGUCAUUCUACAAUGUAUCCAUUUGUAAUUUGUCAUUCAUCUCUACGGUCUGAUGGAUGGUUUUACGACUGUACAGAACCAUGCAGUAUUUCAAGGUUUCUUUCUGUUCAGUAUUUGCCAUUACUGUUGAUUGUUUCUAUUUGACCAAAUCUGAAGUGGAAGUGGUGUACAAGAUUUUAAUUGACAUACAGGUUGUCCACUUUCUUGAGCAAGUUGCAUUUGUUCAGGACACCACCUGAGCUUUUUGUGUAUUUUUACCUGAAUGUUAUUUAAGGGAAGUUACUCUCUGUAUUCCUGGUGUUUCGGCUUCUUUGCCAACAUCCACAGUCCAUUCCUCUCAAGGUGACUUUGAAUGUUUAUCCUUAUUGUUCUCAUUAAGAUUCACUAAACUGCCAGAUGUAGGCUAUCUGAGGCAUCUGCUAAGUCCAUGUAUCAUUAUUACAAACUAACAGGGAGCAUACGCCAGGGGGUGCAUUUGCUUCACCCCGGCGGUCCCUCUGAGUGAACCCUCAUGCAGUUACCUUUCCCAUUCUAAGCCACUCCUGGCAGGAUUGAUCAAAUUGCCCCACCCAUGAGUUAUGAGGAUAUAGGUUUUUUUUUAUAUAAAAGUUUGGUGUUCAUUCAGAACAACAUUGUUGUUCAGUUUUCUUCUGUCAUAGCACUAGUGUUAAUAAUUGUGCCCAUAUUUUCUGUAUUUUCUUAUGGCUGUUCUGCUGUACCAUUCCAUGAAAGACAGCAGCUGCCAAGGAACAAGAGACUACCAAACAAAUGAGCUGCACUAGAUCACAGUAACAGCAGCACAGAGUAGCUGGCCAAUGCAGGGUGCACCAUCGCAGCUUCGCCAGGACCCCUUGGGGUCUUCAUGACUCAGGUGACGGAAGCAGUGCAUCCUGCCUGUGCUGCCCUGCGUCUUGUGUCCUGUGGUCUAUACUCCAAACAACAACGUUCAGUCACUUGCGAUGCCAUACCAAACCUCUUCUUUCAACAAAUAAAAUUUCCCAAGAUUUGUUAAAA